ACAGGUCGAACGGUAAUAAUGGCUUCCAACGCGUCCCAACGGCCGCUUGUGUUCGCGUCCCAACGUACGGAGAGCGCGUUCGAGGAGAUACCGAUCAUAAACCUAGAACACGCACGGAACCCGGAUCCGGCUGUUCGGAGAGCGCUCGCAGACGAGAUUCGGGAUGCAUGCAUCAACGUCGGCUUCUUCUAUGUGAAGAAUCACGGUAUUCCCGAGAAAACCGUCUCGACCACAGUAGGCGCUGCGAAGCGGUUCUUCGCGCUGCCGAAGGAACAGAAGGUGGCGCUGGAUAUACACAAGAGCGCGAACUUCAAAGGCUAUACCGGCCUCCUUGGGGAGAAUACCAAUCCUGAGAACAGAGGAGACCUGCACGAGGGGUUCGACCUUGGGUGGGAGGACCCUGCGGGAGCGAGUCGGGCGGAUGACGGCGCCAUGACCGGCGGAAACGUGUGGCCGGACGGCCUUCCGGGGUUCAAGGAGGAUGUCCUGGAGUACUUUUACGCUGCUUUGAGGCUGGGAGCAUCCCUCUUCCCGUUAUUCGCGCUUGCACUAGACUUACCCGAGAACUACUUCGAUGACAAGACUACCAAACCCGCCGCCAUCAUGCGGCUACUGUACUACCCUCCGCAAACAGGUGAAGUAGACGAUCGCAUUGAAGGCAUCGGUGCGCAUACCGAGUUGUGCUUCACCAUCCUGUGGCAAGAUACUGUGCCCGCUCUCCAAGUUCUGAACAAAGCGGGAAAAUGGAUCGACGCAGUCCCUAUUCCCGGGACCCUGGUCGUGAAUCUCGGAGAUCAGUUCGCCAGAUGGACAAACGACGUGUUCAAGUCUACGGUCCACAGAGCGGUGAAUCGCUCCGGCACGGAGCGCUAUUCGAUCCCCCUGUUCUUCGGCACCGACUACGACGUCAAGCUCGAAGCACUUCCCAGCUGCGUAUCCGAGGAUUCGCCUCCCAAGUACGAGGUAGUCACGGCAGGAGAAUAUGUCAAGUCCAGGCUAGAGGCGACAUAUGCGCAUUCAAAGGCGGACUAG